GUUCUGGUGCUGGUUGUUGUUGUGUUGGUUGUGGUGCUUGUGGUUGUGGUGCUGGUUGUUGUUGUGUUGGUUGUGGUGCUUGUGGUUGUGGUGAUGGUUGUUUAGCUGGUGGUUCUGGUGCUUGUGGUUGUGGUGAUGGUUGUUUAGCUGGUGGUUCUGGUGCUUGUGGUUGUGGUGAUGGUUGUUUAGCUGGUUGUUCUGGUGCUUGUGGUUGUGGUGAUGGUUGUUUAGCUGGUGGUGCUGGUUGUGGUGCUGCUGGUUGUUUGGCUG